UGCGCAUGCGCCACUGUUGUGAACUGUACACAUAACCGGGUACGACAAUGGAGUUGAAUGUUCAUAGAUAGGAAUGGAUUGGGAUUGAGAAACGCCGAUUCCUUUAAAACAGUUAUGAAAUAACGUCCUCGAACUACGUGGGGAGUCUCGGCGAUCGCUAAUAUACGGACUUUUCCCUUCACAUUCUAGUGGCAGUAUUCAGUCACAGUGCUGGUGGAUUUGUUGAGCUCCCUUUGCUAUUGCUGCAGCUGGACCUUCUUCAAUUGUGCUAUGCGUCUCCGUUUUUUUCUGGCGCUUUUGCUUUUAACAGAGUCUGAACCCGAGCUUUGCCAUAUAUACACCCCCAGAUAACUGGUUAACAAAAUGUCUGAGGUCAGCAUCGGGAGGCGCAAGGAAAAGUGUGAAAACUGCACCAAGCAGUGUAGCAAGAAACAGAGCGAUGGUGAAGUUAGCUCACACCAAGAGGGAGAGCAAGUCAACGGACAGGAGAAUGAGGGAUCGCAGUUGUUGCUGAGUGCUUGUCUAUCCUGCGAUGGCUGUCUGUCUGAGGAGGAGAGCCUGAAAAUAUCUCAACAGAACUUGGAGGAGAUGGAGCGGGUUUUGGCUCUUAACAAGAAGUGUGAUGUGACAAAGCACAGGGUUCUGGUGGCAUCAGUUUGUCCACAAUCGCUGCCGUUUUUCGCCGUCAAGUUUGGCGUGGAUAUCGUUGAGGCCGCCGGUAAACUUUGCGGUUUUCUCAAAAGCCUGGGAGUGCAGUUUGUGUUUGAUACCACUCUGGCAGCAGGUUUUAGCAUCAUAGAGAGUCAAAAGGAGUUUAUUCAGAGGUAUCGCAGGAAGCACCAUGACUCCCACGCACUGCCCAUGUUCACCUCCUCCUGCCCUGGCUGGAUUCGCUAUUCGGAGCGUAUCCUCGGGAGUUUGGUCACACCUCACAUCUGCACAGCAAGGUCUCCGCAGCAAAUUAUGGGCUGUCUCGUCAAAGACUACUUCUCUAAACAGCAGAAGCUAAAUGCGGACAAAGUGUACCACAUGGUGGUGGCUCCCUGCUUUGACAAAAAACUGGAGGCUGUCCGAGAAGAGUUUUACAACAGUCUGCUGGAGAGCAGGGAUGUGGACUGUGUCCUCACCUCAGGGGAAAUUUACUACCUGAUGCAACAGAAGAAGGUGUCUGCAGAGGAUAUGGACUCUUUUCCGUUGGACCAUGUUCUUGGAGAAGCUGGAGACACGGCCCUGGUUCGCCACGAAGGGCGCGGUUCCGAUGGUUUUCUCGAACAUGUGUUCAAGUAUGCUGCCAAGGAGCUAUUUGGCCUGGACGUCCACGAGAUCACGUACAAGACCCUCAGGAACCGUGACUUUCAGGAGGUGACGCUAGAGCGAGACGGCGAAACGCUGCUGCAGUUUGCGGCCGUUUACGGUUUCAGGAACAUCCAGACUUUGGUGCACCGCAUGAGGAAGGGAAGAGUGCCUUACCAACUGGUGGAGGUGCUGUCCUGUCCAGGAGGGUGCUUGAGUGGCCGCGGUCAAGCCGAGAAUGAGACAGGGGGGCGCGUCGAUAAACAACUGCUCCAGCAGAUGGAGGAGGUCUACAGCAGCCUGCCUGUCGCUCUCCCGGAGGUCAACCCGACUCUGCAGACGCUUUAUCAAGACUGGCUUCAGGGCCAGGAUUCCCAGCCGACCUGCAAGUUACUACACACCCAGUACAAGAAUCAGAGUCAGAGCCCUUUACAGACACCACACAUGCAGUGGUGAGAAUGAGGGAACAUGAAAACAUGUUUGGGACCCAGUUCUUGUUUGGAUAAAUUAAGGACCAUCCAAUACCUUUGAGCAAGUCAAGAGCCGGACUCAGCAGAUGCAGUUCUUUCAUUUGUCCACUGGAAUGUAUAUGCUUUGGAAACAAGGGACAAGUUCAAAACAAAAAGACUUUAGUCCACAUAAGGAUCUGGAAAGUGAGGUAGCGAAUGUGGUCUAAUUGUGGCCAAACAAUAAGACAACUAAAACAACAUGAAGCACCGUGGAAACCAAUGAGCUGAUGUUGUGGAUACCGAAGGCACACCAAAACUUUUUAACCAACUCAGUCAGUCCAAAAUGACGCUUAACAUGUAUAUUUGUUGUCUUUGCAGAAAACAUACAGCAGCAGUGUUAGAAGGAUUACUAUGCAACAGUUUGAUGACCCCAUUCUGCCAGUACUAUGACAAGUAUCUUUUUAUUUUUUGAGCACUUAAAAAAAAAAAAGGUCACAUAGGUGAGCGUUUUUUGUUAUUUUCAAUUAAUUCUCAACUCUACACUGGCGUUCUCAUAAUGCAGUUUGGUUAAACCCCAAGUUAGUCAUACCUUUGCCAAAUUAUUUGUUCGUGUUUUUUUUUUUUAAUGUGAUGAAUAUGUAUAUUUUAUCUGGAAAUAAUUCAAGAAAAUGAAGAAUUUGCAGCAUAUGCGCCGAGUAGUUGAAAGAUAGGAGAUGUGUGUGCGAUACGCAUUUCCUUUGUAAACCUCAUACCUCCAUUUAAGCGUUGGCGUGAGAGUCGAGUUGGUUUGUCUUUCUGGUUGCUUGGUCCAAGCCGACACGCAGCCGUCGUUGCAAAGAUGAAAGCUCACUGGUGGAGCUUUGUGCUUGGAUUUCUCUGUCUUCCCUCUGAGGUGAACACCUGGUCAGGUGAGGAAAAGCAAACAUGUUUCGGGUUGUUGAGCCAAAAAGUGAGAUAUUAAUUUUCCAACAAGUUACAGAUUUAUUUUCAUUCAGCAUGAAUUUAAAUAACAUUACCUCUCAAAUUUCUUCAUUCAUUGCGGACUGUAUUUGACUUCAGAUGGUUGUUGUGUUGUGGUUUUGGGUCAUUCUUUUCCUAGUCGAGCACAAAUAAGAUUAAUUGAUGUCUACACCGGAUGCUUGAAUAAAUGAUGACCUCUU